AUGAAAGAACUGAAAACAAAAUACGGAAUACAUCCGCCCCAAAAAUUCACUUAUAUUAGCAAGUAUCCGCAGUUGGUAGAAGAUUAUUUACACUUAAUAAUCACUGGAACAUUAAUCGCAGUAGUAAUAGGAAUAGCAAUUUAUUAUUUUACUACUAAAAGUAAUAAUUCUAAAAUUAUUAAUGAAACCAAGGGACAAACUACGGAAAAAAAAGUUCAACAACUCCAACAGCAAUUAAAUCAUAUUAAAGAAGAGUUAAAUAAGCCUGAGAAUUUAUUCGAAAAAAAUGAUUUUUUUACUAAUUUAAUUGGUUUAGAAGAAAUUUUAGGUAAAAUUUCCCAACUCAACAGUCAAAAACAAGAAGAAUUUAUUAGAGAGUUAGAGAACUUUAUUAAAAAGGUUGAAAAGAAGUUAAAGGAUAAAAACGAACCGAUAUCUGGCACUUUUAAAUUAGGUAAAGAAAUGGUUAAUACUCCUCUUUUUGAUAUCAAGUUUAAGAAAAAAGACAUUUCAAGGCAAGAAAGCGAAAAAGAUUUCUAUUUUGAAAAGGAUAAUAGCAAUUUUGAACUAAAACCUCUUGAAAAAGCGGAAUUAGAGAUUUCAUAUAUCGGUGAAAAGGAGAAAAGUCCAAUUCAUUUUGGAGACUUCGCCUUAACCUUGGCUCUACCAAUUUCCCACCAAACUAGGCAGAAUCCUUACCAAACAGCCCAGGAAAUAGUAAAAAUAACUGCUUUACCUGGUUUAGAAUGGGAUAUCACCCAACAAGGUUAUAUUAAUUUUCAUCUCCCGCUUGAUUAUUACCAACAUUUUUUUAGGGAAACAUUUGAAAAAAAGGGACAAAACCUCCGCAAGAAGCAAAAAGAUAUUCGCAUAAAUAUUGAAUAUGUUUCUACUAACCCUACCGGCUACUUACAUUUGGCUCACUUUCGCCAUGCUUUUGUGGGGAAUGCUUUGGCUAAUGUUUAUCAGUUUUUAGGUUAUCAAAUAAUUCGAGAAUAUUACAUUAAUGACCGAGGAGGACAAAUUAUUUCUUUAAUUAAUUCAGUUUAUCAUUUUUAUCACCAAUUCCAAGGCAUUAGUCAACCAAAUCCAGCCGAAAUAGCAUAUGCUGGAAAAUCGAGUCAAGAAAUUGCUCGGAAAUUGCUCGAAAAGUGGGGAAAUAAAUAUAUCAACAAAGAAUUAAACCAAGAGGAUUUAGCACAUUCAAGGAGGAGACGACAAAGACCGAGAGCCGACCACCACGGUUUCGUUGCUCGGCUGAAAAGUGCUUGUGCUUUACUUGGAUAUAAACCAAAAGUUUUACAGAUAACUUUAAUUCAAAUGGUUAGUUUACUUACUCGGGAUAACCAGACCAAAAGAUUUUCCAAACGGGCGGGAAAUACUAUCGAACUAACGGAAGCACUUGAAUACAUGGAUAAAGACCAAUUGAUUUUUUUUCUUUUAGAAAAAGACCCUAACCAACCUAUUUCCCUAAAUGUAGAAUUGUUGAAAGAAAACAAAGAAAAAACCCGACUUUAUUAUAUUCAGUAUGCUCAUGCUCGCUGCCAUCAGAUAUUUCAAAAAGCCCAAGCCUGA